AUGCUCUCUGCCGGGGAACGCCCUCAACCGCCUCUGGGCAAGAAUGCUGCCGUUAUAGACAUGGCUCGAAGCACCCCCGUCUCCAAGAGCUCGUUGAACCAUACCACCGCCCCAAUGUGGACAGAAUCGUCAAAACCAGAGACUGUCCAACAUAUCUGGGUCGUCACGGGCCCCGCCGGCUGCGGGAAAAGUACCGUUGGACGGGGCAUUCAGCAGGCACUGCAAGUCCCGUUCCUCGAGGGCGAUGAUUUCCACACCGACUCCAACCGAGAAAAGAUGGGCAGCGGAAUCCCUCUCACGGAUGCGGACCGCUGGGACUGGCUCAUCUCUCUCCGCAAGGCCGCCAUCGAGGCGCUCUCCCCCUCGGAAGCCAACAACUACCUCCCCCCUUCCGGCGUGGUCGUCGCUUGCUCUGCCUUGAAGCAGAAAUACCGCGACGUCAUGCGCGUGGCCGCCUACGGCUCUCCGUCCGUCCAGAUCCACUUCGUCUACCUGAAGCUGGACGAGCAGGCGCUCUUCCAGCGGGUCACGCAGCGCCAAUCGCAUUACAUGAAGAACACCAUGGUCCAGUCGCAACUGCGGGAUCUCGAAGAACCCAAGGGCGAGUGGGAUGCGCUCACCGUCGAUGCCAACCACCCCCCGGAGCAGGUUCAGAGGGAGGUAUUGGAGAUGGUGCGAGAUAAGCUGGCUGAACAGAACUAG